AUGGAGCAAGGAGGAGCUCAGAAAGAUGGAGCUGCAGCGGCAGCAAAAGAUGAUAAAAUAAAACAUUUGGACCAAGAGGUCAACAAAUUUCGGAAGUUGUUUGAAAAUAUGGAAAAAAAGUUACAUCAGACAGAAGAGCAGAAAGCAGAGAUCGAGCAAGAGAAGGGCACACUGAAACUUCAGAAUGAUAGGCUGGAGAGAGAACUGGAGUCCUUUAAGAGACAAACGAUGGCUGAUAAGAAAGCAAUCGAUGAUCUCAUUCGAGAGAGGGACAAGUUAAGCAAUACUGAGAGGGAAGCCUUCAGCGCCUUGCACCAGCAAAUAUACAAAAUGAAGCUGAUGGAAGAAACACAAAAAAACUUGGAACGGGAUAUACAAAAGUAUAAAGAUGAGGAUCAAAAGCAAAAGAAACUUAAUAACCAACUGGAGAAAGACCGCAACCGCUUCAUGAGCUCUGCCGACGAACUCACCAAGAAAGUACUUCAACUAACUCAAGAAGCUGCAGUGUGGGAGAAACGGGUUACUGAAUACAUAGAGAAAAUUGCCGAAAAGGAAAGAAAAUUUCGAGAGCAGCAAAGCAUGUAUGAAGCAGCCAAAUCAGAAGGAAACUUUUACCAUAAGAGCCUUAUUGCAGCUCAGCAUGAGAUUACAGAAAUGAAGCAGAAGAUGAAUAUGAUGAAUGACAGAAUUGAAGGCCUGAAUGAAGAAAUUGAUGGAAAGCAGGCCGCUCUUCUGAAACAGCAAUCAGAAUAUCUGCAUCUUGAAAAGGAGAAAGAUACCAUAAUGGAAGAAUUACAAAGAAUGAAAAAGCAAGCAAAAGAGACAAAGUCAUACAUUGAGCAUAAGGAGGAAGAGGAGAGAAAGCUGCUCAAAAUCAUCAAAGAGGCUGAUGCUGAAAGAAUUCUUAGACUGAAAGAGUUGCAAAUGGUAAAAAAUGAGAGAGACAUUUUAGGGACACAGCUGAUACGCCGCAAUGAUGAAGUGUCUCUGCUUUAUGAGAAAAUUAAAAUUCAACAGAUCGUACUGAAUAAGGGCAUUACACAAUACAACCAAAGGCUGGAAGAUAUCCGUCUGCUGAAAGUUGAAAUUAAAAAUCAAAAGCAAGAGAAAUUAAGCCUAAUCAAUAAAGUUGGAGUUGUAAAUCGUCUGAGGCAGGAACUGUUCCAGACAAGGGCAGACUUGUGGAGAGAGCAGACCAAGUGCCUGGCAAUGGAGGAGAAAGUUGAGAAUCCAGUUAAUUUACACAGAUGGAGGAAACUCGAGGCCAAUGACCCAAGCACCUAUGAGCUUAUCCAGAAGGUGAUCUAUUUAGAAAAGCGCCUGAUUAGGAAGACUGAAGAAGUGGCUGAGAAAGAGCUACUAUUACAGGAAAAAGACAGAUUGUAUAUGGAAUUGAAGCAAGUACUGGCCCGCCAUCCAGGCCUUGAUGUUGCAGAGAAGAUAAAAAAUUAUCAGCAUACACUAAGGGAAAAGACCAGAAAGCUGAAGGCUUUGGUGGCAGAGCUGAACAUGCAUGCAUCUCAAACAGAUGAUUACAAACGUGAGAUUGAGAAGCUAGACAAAGAACUACAAACAGUUAAGAAGAAGUACAUAACUCAGAAGCGGAAAGAACAGAGGAACAAGGUGAAAAAGAAUGAAGCGUCAGAUACAGGACAGAGUUUACAUACCGCCUUAACGGACAAAGAACUGAGUGCCGAAUAA